AUGAGUUGGGAGCAGCAAGCAAAUUACGAAGGGAGCCAAGGAGGAUGGACCCCACAAUUUGCAGAAGAUUAUUCUAUGUUCAAUGCAACACCUGGACGUCUUGUUAAUGGACAGCGGCCGUUUGUUGAUACUUCAACAGUACAAGCAUUGUCAUCCAUGACACAAAAUGGACAGUUUCAUGUUGAGGGAGAUAUGAUGACAGAUUUGGGAAUGCAUAUGCAUCAAUUAUCACCAAAUUCUGCUCUUGCAAUAGCUCCUGCCAUACCUUCCAGCAAACAAAUUCCUUUUUCUACUGCCCCGCAAUCUGCUUCCAAAGCACAAUUUAGUGAUGUUUCCAAGACACCCCAAAGGUCAAAGAAGAGGUUGGAUAAUCCUUUUAGUGGUCAAACUGCUACACCUCCACAUUCAGCUAGUAAAGGUAUCAGAAAAUUAGCCCCAAAAAUAUUCACUGUCUCAAAUGACGCUCAAGUCCAAGGGGAUGGCUUUGGCUCUUCCCAUUCUAAUAACCAUCAUCCUCAACUAAUGGCUCAAUCCUCGACAACAGAUAUGGACCCAUUUGGAUAUCCAAUGUCUGCACCAGCAUCUGGCCCCUUUUUUGCCAGUAAUAAAGCAAUGUGGGAUACUAGUAUAGAUGGUAUGGAUUUGGACUUCUCUAAUGAUUCAGCGGGUAUCUUUCACCAAGGGCAUAGGCCAAGCAAUUCUAUUGAUUGGGGACGAAGCAAUCAAAUGUUCCAAGAGUCUAUAAAUUUAUCGCCGCAAAAGUCAAGCGAACCUAAAGCUGAACCACGCAAACGACAUAGAAUGAUAGCCUCAAAAUCUUCCUUGCCAAUAACUUCAGCAUUACCUACAUCUCUUCCAUUAUUAGCUUUUAGUAGUGCGACGGUAACUUCAAAUUCGUUAGCCAUGGAGAACUUUCCUGGCGCUGUUGAUCCUGGUUUGGUAUACAGUAGGCCUAACACAGGCAAUAUGUCACAAGGAGACUUUGAAGAUGCGAUGUUACCAGCACCAAGGGCAGCUACAAGUCCGAUUCGAUAUCCCGAGCAACUCGAACCGUACCAACACCAAGUUCGAGAAUAUACUCGCGAGCAAGAAGAACUUCGUCGAUCUAGAAGUUUUAGAGAGAGUAGUCUUGGAUAUCGGAUAGACAGAAGAACUGCCAGUUCACCAGUAAAGGGAUCUGCAAGACCUGGUUUUCGACGCAGCCCGCCACGCUCUAAAUCUGGACGUUUAUCACCUGUGAAACAACAGCGUCAUCCAAAUCUUUCUUCUAUUCCUGAAUCUCCAGUUACAUUGCCAAGACUUCGACGGGAUCUAAAGCUAGCUGUUGGCAGUAAUGGUCGAGCUACUGUUGUAAUUGACGAUACGCCGGUGAGGAGUUUACAACGAUCAUCAUCCCAAGUCAUCGAUUAUGAUUCUGAAUAUGAUUCAUCUACCGAUGACGAACCGAUCAUCAUUCCCAGUCGAAACAAUUCUUUCAAUUUACCACGGCAGAGACCACCUAAAUUUGAUUUAUUCGACAGUUCUUCUAGUGACUUUCGAAGACCAAGCACAAGUACAAGCGGUUAUAGCCGAUCUUCGGGUCAGCACACAAGUAUUGAUGAGAUGAGUGAAGCAGAGACAGUACUUGAUGAGGUCAAGGCCGGAGAUGCAGCUUCUGCCUUGCGGAAAGUCGUUAGAGAGCGCCGAAACAAUCAACAAAUACCGAAGAGUGGAAGACGCCUUCUUCUAUAUUCUGAUACUACCCCUAGACCAGGUCGAUAUGCAGAACACACUUCGUCGUCUAAUAACUCUUCGGAUGGGGUGACGCCAUCCAGCUCGAGAAGUGGUAACACUCGAUGUAUUUGUAAUAAUCCGGACGGAAACUAUUUCAUGAUUCAGUGUGAAUCUUGCGAGCAUUGGCUUCAUGGGCACUGCGUCAAUAUCCCAGAUCGAAGGGCUCUACCCAAAGUCUACGUCUGUGCCUUUUGUGCUCAAACACCGAAUAUGCGCAAUGGUCGUAUGCGAGAGUCUGCAAGAAAAAGGAGGAAUAUACCUUCCUCCCCACUUGCUCAUAAAUCUUACAGAUCAUCUCGUUGA